AUGGCUGAACAACUCUCCUACGCCGGUACCAUGGUGGGCCACUCCGGCUGGGUCACCUCGCUGGCGACCAGUCUCGAGAACCCCAACAUGCUUCUCUCCGCCUCGCGAGACAAGACCCUCAUUAUCUGGAACCUCACCCGUGUGUCACCAGAAGAGUACGGUCAGCCAAAGCGAUCCCUCCACGGCCACUCACACAUCGUCUCCGACGCCGUCAUCUCCUCAGACGGUGCCUAUGCUCUCUCCUCAUCCUGGGACAAGACUCUCCGCCUGUGGGAGCUGUCAACUGGCAACACCACCCGUACUUUCGUCGGCCACACCAACGAUGUUCUCUCCGUCUCUUUCUCAGCCGACAACCGACAGAUCGUUUCAGGCUCGCGCGACCGAACAAUCAAGCUGUGGAAUACUUUGGGCGACUGCAAAUACACCAUAACCGACAAGGGUCACACCGACUGGGUCUCGUGCGUGCGCUUCUCACCUAACCCACAGAACCCAGUCAUCGUCUCGGCUGGUUGGGACAAGCUUGUCUGGGAGCUCGCCUCCUGCCGCAUCCAAACCGACCACGUCGGCCACUCCGGCUACAUCAACACCGUCACCAUCUCUCCCGACGGCUCGCUCUGCGCUUCCGGCGGCAAGGAUGGCACCACUAUGUUGUGGGAUCUCAACGAGAGCAAGCACUUGUACUCCCUGCAGGCCGGCGACGAGAUCCACGCUCUCGUUUUCUCACCCAACCGAUACUGGCUCUGCGCCGCGACCACCUCCUCCAUCACGAUCUUCGAUCUCGAGAAGAAGAGCAAGGUCGAUGAGUUGAAGCCUGAGGGCUUGAUCACGGGCAAGAAGAGCCAGGAACCAUACUGCGUGAGCUUGGCGUGGAGUGCGGACGGUCAGACGCUGUUCUCGGGUUACACAAACAACAAUAUCUACGCGUGGACUGUCAUGUCGCGGGCUUAA